CGCGAUGAGGUGGGAGCGGUGGUGAGCAGCGCCCGUCCCGCUCUUCGCGCGUCCCGCUCUUCGCCCUCGCCUCGGCGCCGGGAUCCGAGCCGGUUCUUCGCGUGCGGGGAGAGAAAGGGAAGGAAGCCUCACCGAGGGGCAGCGACCCCCGCCCGCCCUCCGCUCGGCGCCGGCGGAGCCAUGAGCUGGGGCACGGAGCUGUGGGACCAGUUUGACAAUUUAGAAAAGCACACGCAGUGGGGUAUCGAUGUCCUGGAAAAAUACAUCAAGUUUGUCAAAGAAAGAACAGAGAUUGAACUCAGCUAUGCAAAGCAGCUUAGGAAUCUUUCAAAGAAAUAUCAACCCAAAAAGAACUCCAAAGAAGAGGAAGAGUACAGGUACACAUCAACUAGAGCCUUCCUAGCCACUUUAAAUGAAAUGAAUGACUAUGCCGGACAGCAUGAGGUCAUUUCAGAGAACAUGACCUCUCUUAUCAUUGGAGAGUUAACUCGCUAUGUGCAGGAGCUGAAACAAGAGAGGAAAUCGCACUUCCACGAUGGCAGAAAGGCACAACAACAUAUUGAAACUUGCUGGAAACAACUUGAAGCUAGUAAAAGGCGGUUUGAACGUGACUGCAAAGAAGCCGAUCGAGCACAGCAGUAUUUUGAGAAAAUGGAUGCUGAUAUCAAUGUUACAAAAGCAGAUGUUGAGAAGGCAAGACAGCAAGCCCAGCUGAGACAUCAAAUGGCAGAAGACAGCAAAGCAGAAUAUUCUUCCACUCUACAGAAGUUCAACAGUGAGCAGCACGAUCAUUACUACACACACAUACCAAACAUCUUCCAGAAAAUACAAGAGAUGGAGGAAAGAAGAAUUGUGAGGAUAGGUGAAUCCAUGAAAACUUUUGCAGAUGUUGACCGCCAGGUGAUCCCCAUCAUUGGGAAGUGUCUGGAUGAAAUAACAAAGGCUGCAGAAUCAGUUGAUCACAAGAAUGAUUCGCAGAUGGUAAUAGAAGCCUUUAAAUCAGGCUUUGAGCCUCCAGGAGAUGUUGACUUCGAGGACUUCACUCAGCCCAUGAAGCGCACUGUCUCCGAAUCCAGCCUUUCCAACUCCAGAGGGGAUGGGAAGUACGAGCCGAAGUUUGGUGGCAAAUCCAAGGGCAAGUUAUGGCCAUUCAUCAAGAAAAAUAAGCUUAUGUCCCUUUUAACAUCCCCCCAUCAGCCCCCUCCUCCUCCCCCUGCCUCUGCCUCACCCUCUGCUGUUCCCAACGGCCCCCAGUCUCCCAAGCAGCAAAAGGAACCCCUCUCCCAUCGCUUCAACGAGUUCAUGACCUCCAAACCCAAAAUCCACUGCUUCAGGAGCCUAAAGCGCGGGCUUUCUCUCAAGCUGGGAGCUGGGCCAGAGGACUUCAGCAAUCUCCCACCUGAACAAAGAAGAAAGAAACUUCAGCAAAAAGUCGAUGAGCUGAACAAAGACAUUCAGAAGGAGAUGGAUCAAAGAGAUGCCUUAACGAAAAUGAAAGACGUGUAUAUCAAGAACCCUCAGAUGGGAGACGCAGCGAGUGUGGACCACAGAUUAUCAGAACUUGAACAGAACAUUGAAAAGCUACGAUUAGAAGUGCAGAAAUUUGAGGGCUGGCUGGCCGAGGUGGAGGGCAGGUUGCCCUCGCGGACGGAGCAGGCGCGGCGGCAGAGCGGGCUGUACGAAGCCCAGAACACUUCAGCAGUGAACAGCUGUGCACAGGACCGGGAGAGCCCAGAUGGCAGUUACACAGAGGAGCAAAGUCAGGAGACUGAGAUGAAAGUACCUGCAACAGAUUUUGACGAUGAAUUUGACGAUGAAGAACCACUACCAACCAUAGGAACAUGUAAAGCUCUCUAUACGUUUGAAGGUCAGAAUGAAGGAACAAUUUCUGUAGCAGAAGGAGAAAUGCUGUAUGUAAUAGAAGAAGACAAAGGUGAUGGGUGGACGCGAAUCCGAAGGAACGAAGACGAGGAGGGCUAUGUCCCUACGUCUUAUGUUGAAGUCUAUUUGGACAAAAAUGCCAAAGGUGCUAUGACUUAUAUUUAAUAAUAUUAUUAUUACUUUACUUGCUUUCACAGAGAUACCCAAGCCUGCAACUUUGCGUUGCAUACAGAGCCUUUUAAAAGUCUGUACAGUGCCACAAUCUGCGUUAUGUCAUACAUGGACUAAUAUGGCUUGCUGUACUGCAAAACAUGCUUUUUGUUGGUCAGAGAAGGCUAGUGUGGUAGAGGGGAAAUGCAGCCUUUCCUAGUAAGUGCUCAUUCAACUGUCACUGCCAUUGCACACCCAAUCUAGGGCAGGAAACACAAAGCCAUUUGGAAACACUGCUGGUUUUCCUUACAUAUCCUGGGGGUAUUUCAGACAUGUUCACAAGUUUGUCCCAAACUGAUCCAGUGCACUGCUAUAUAGGAGAUAUUUAGCCUGGUGUUUUGUGUCUCAGCGUGGCAGAGCUUUCAGAGCCUCAUGAGUUCUGUGGACCUUUGGAACUGAAACCUGCUCAUCAUUUAGUUAGUGUGUUUGGAAGGGGAAGCAGAAGUCUUGCCAAAGCCUCUCUACACAGCACUCUGUGAUCCUUGAUCAAUCAUUUAAACAUCGACGUUAAGGAAAAUCCUUUAUUCUUUCCAGUCUUGAUACAUUUCAGAAAAUGGUCUUUUGGCUGUAUUUGCUAUUUCAGAUGAAGUACAGGUUUUCUGAUGACCCGUAACUAAUGGGUCUUCUGCUGAAAUGCAGUCAAUGGAGGCACUCUGAGCUUAAACUGGAUGGUCUUCUGUUUCUCAGUUCCUUUUGACUCCUCCCAAAUAGGUGUAUUUUGUAAGCAAGCAGUGCAUACAGGAGAAUACUGGGUAGAAUACAUGCUAGCAUGUAAAUACCUGGUAACAUAAUUCACUGAGAAGUUUUAGGUCUGUUUCAAAUUGAUAUGUUUGAAGUCCACUGUUAAAUAAUUAAUGCAUUUCUUUUGCAGUCAUUUAAUUGUUCAGAUCGUUGUGUUUCCAGAACCUUAAAGUUCUUGAUGUGAAACAAACUGCCUCGUCCAAUUUAUAAGAAAAGGGAACCAUUCUCAUAGAGGUUUAUGGACAUUGGAGAGAGAAGAGAGCUGUCUCUGUAAACAAAUGCUACAAUUUGAUCAGCUCACUUUUUCCUGGGUUCAGUAUUAAUCAGUGCGUGCCUCAUCUGCUGCAGAUGGAAGUCUAGGGUCUGAUUUUGCCAUAGUAGUUUUAUGUUUGGCAAAUACAGUCAGCUGAGAUGCAAAAGUAAACUCAGCCCCCCUGUCUCCCUUGGUUAACCUUUAAAAGGUGGGUUUGUAUUGUUUGUUUUCUCUGCUUCACGUUCAGGACAAGGCAGAGAGCACAGAAUGAGAGACCUCAUAACUCAGUGUUCCCUCCUUUGGAGAUCGUGUCCGCUGUGUGUGGCAGUGGUUGAAAGCAGCAUUAUUGCUCUGCUGGAAGAUGUGGUGUUCAGCAAUGCAGGCUGCUUGAAGCAGCUGAGCUGCUGUGGCAUCUCCAUCUGUCAGAAGUAGCAGGCAUGGCGCUCGGCACGCUUCUCUCUGAGUGAUGCUGAAGGGCAGUCAGUGCUGGGAGUGAGUGCUGACACAGCUGGGAGGAGUUCAGAUCUUUUGUUUUUUCCAUUAAUUUUGCUGGACUUUAAGAAUGAAAUCAACUGUGCUGUGACUAUCUAAUGGAAAUGAACUAUGAGAUUUACUUAUUUUAAAAUGGAAAACUUGCCAUAAAACUUCAGAGAGGCUGUGUAAAGAUUUAUGGGAAAUGCUGCUGCAUUUAGAAGGCAAACUUUGUGGCAAGUUGCAGUUUUCUCAUUUGAUAUUAGUGUGCUGUAGAAGGACUUUAUUCAAUCCCUGACUAUUUAACCUGGAAACCACAACUUUCCUGAAAAUGACAGCGCUAAAGCAUUUACACACUUCAAUUCCUGUUCUCAAAAAGACCCUGGAGCAGCUGGCAGCUCUCGGUGUAGCUGUGCAAAGAGCACUUAGGUGAGGUGCCCAAGCAAAGGCCCGGGCUGUGGCUGUGCCUCUGGGAUGGUAGGACAGGUAAGUUGUGUGCUGCAGCCACCCCUGUGCAUGUGCUGCUCACGUGAGCCAGCUCAGGGCUGCCUGAGGGCUGCUGGUAAAGUUUACCAUGGUAAACUCCAGCCAGAGGGUGUUGCAAACCCUGUCACAAAAAGAAGGUAAUGUCUAUCUUGUUCUGCCUUUUUUUUUUUUUUUUCCAGAUGAGUACAAAUCACUUCAGAAAAUCUCUGAGUAGGUUUGCAUAGGCCUGUGUUCACCUUUUGCUCUACGGGUUUGCUGCUACUGCUGUUUUAAGAGAUCUAUUUCAGAAGGUUUUCUUUAGAAGAGAUGAAUGCACGUGGCUUGUCUCCAUCAAUGAAGGACUCUGUUAGGUGCCACUCGCUCAGCUGAUGCAUGUAUAAGUUCUCCUUGCAAUUUAAAUGUGCAUCGCUGCGGAUGGAAGCGCUGCCCCUUGGCAUGACUGUAGUUGUAAACAGCAGUUUUGUCCUUCCUGAUACCAGUGGGAGCCAACGCAAUUCAUUCCCUUUGCGAUGCAUUCAGGAGACUGUUAGAAGUGCUAAAAGCGUUCAGACUGAGAACUGCAUCUGUCAGAUACGUGGUUGUGCUUUGGGGCUUGUGCCAACCUCUCCCUGCUGGGGGAUGAGGAGGAGCAUUGCUGCAUUGCUCGGGGCUCUGUUGGUGUAGCUGAUCAUGGCAGGGCUUUCCUGCUCUGCCAGGUGCUGGUGCUGCUGGCUGUGGAUACUGGAACCGUUUGGACCUUUGUGCUCAAGGCUGCCCAUCCUGUGUUAUUAAAUGUGGUACCUCAUAAUCUGCUUGGGAGCAGAGCCCUCUUUUAAAUGUGAUACACAGAAGAACUUUGAAAGAAUUGUUAGAUAAACUUUGGUGGCACCCAGCAGUGAAGCCACGCUUGCUGCCCUCAGAGGAGCUGGCUGCUGGGGGAGCGCAGUGGCAGGGACUGUUGUGCAGAGUUCUGCUUCUGGGGAAGAACAAGGAAUGAGUUUGGAGCCAUGAGAGCACGGCGGUUCCUCUGCCUGUGUCUGCUCCAUUUUCCCCCUGCAUCCCCCAGCUCCACAAACAGCCCUGGUUGGUGGGCAGCUCAGUGCUCUGCUCUUUGCUGGAACCACCGCAGGCAGCCUUGGCUCGCACAGAGCGAUAGGUGAAAGUUAACCAUGCUGAUGCACUUUUGAUCUAGGAUGUAUCUGAUUAUUUAAUGCUUGCCAAAUCCUUUAGGAACUGGUAAUUAAUGAGCAACUGGACUGUGGCUUUUAAAAAAAAAUCUUUGUGUUAAAUACUUGUCUUUAGUUCUCCUGGUAUUAAAAAUAUGUAUAUAACAUAACUUAAAAACUAAAGUUACUUGAAUUUAAAUUGUUUUUAUCAUUUUAUAUAUAUAAAUAUAAAUGGUUUUAUAGGUUGUUGUUCUGCUUAACGUAGCUGUUUUGAUAACUAUUCGGUCCUUAUGCUGAUAAGCCCUUGUGGUUCCUCAGCUGCCUGCAUCUGGUUGGAAUUGCAUAGGAACUUUUGCUGUUACAGUUUGUUAAAUCUGGCCAGUGUGGUUGUUCCAUUUCUAGUCUUAUUUUUUAAAGAGUCGUCAUCUGUCAGAAAUCUCUUGAUAGCUUCAUGUACCACGGUGUCUUCUUCUAAUAAACAUUAUAUUUUCUCA